ACGACCAAGGCAACGGUCCACCUUAAAGAAGCCUACAUCGAUAGCUGCCGCAGACUCCUCUCCCUCCGAUCGAUCACGCGCACAUUUUCGUCGCCGUCCCUUCACCACCGUACCUAUAGCUAGACUUAGAGACAGACGUCAUGGCGGAGGCACUGUGCGAUCAGCUCUUCUCCGACGUCGACGGCGAGCUGAUGAUGAUGCAGCACCCCUCCGACGCCGACGACCUCCUCGGCAGCAUCCUCGAGGCGUGGGAGGACUGCGUCACCGGCGGCGGUGGUGCCACUCCCCGCAGCGCUGAGCCUGAGGUGCCGCAGGCCACUGACAGUACCGCGCGCGCAUCGCCGCCAAAACCGGCGGCGGGAAACGUCCGGCGGAUGGGUGACCGUGACGACGACGCUACGGUGCCUGAGGCGCCGAAGAGGCAGAGGUGCUCGCCGGCAAUGUCGUCGUCAGAAGCAGCGGCGACGAGCGAUGACGGUGCGGCGAAUAAUAACAAGACGUCGCACAUCACGGUGGAGCGCAACCGGAGAAAGCAGAUGAACGAGCACCUCGCCGUGCUGCGCUCGCUCAUGCCCUGUUUCUACGUCAAGCGAGGAGAUCAGGCAUCAAUCAUAGGAGGGGUGGUGGACUACAUCAAGGAGCUGCAGCAAGUGCUGCAGUCGCUGGAGGCCAAGAAGCAGCGCAAGGCCUACACCGACCAGGUCCUCAGCCCGCGGCCGCCCCUUCCGCCGCUCAAGUCCACGCCGCCGAUCAGCCCGCGGCCCUCCGUCCCGAUCAGCCCCAGGACGCCGCCGCCGGGUCCCGGCAGCCUGUACAAGGUCCGCAUGCAGCCGCCCCUGCCCCUGCCGCUGUCCCCGCCGGGCUCGGCGUACGCGUCCCCGGCGAGGACACCGACCCGCGAGCCGAGCCCGGCGUCAUCGUCUUCGUACCUACCGUCGCUGGACAAGAUCGCUGCCGAGCUCUGCGCCUACGCCGCGGGCACCAGCAAGCAGCCGCAGCGGCCGGCGCUUCUUCCCGCGGCGGCGGCGGGGGGCGGCGGCGGGGCGGCCCUCCUCCCGGACGUGAGGGUGGAGUUCUCCGGCGCGAACCUGGUGGUGAAGACGGUGUCGCACCGCGCGCCGGGGCAGGCCGUGAAGGUCAUCGCGGCGCUCGAGGGGCGGUCGCUGGAGAUCCUCGACGCCAAGAUCAGCACCGUCGACGACACCGCGGUGAACUCCUUCACCAUCAAGAUUGGAAUCGAGUGCGAGCUGAGCGCUGAAGAGCUGGUGCAAGAGAUUCAGCAAGCGUUCUCGUAAUAAUGCAUGUUUCAGCAAGAGAUUUAGCUCAAUUAAUAAUGCUUCACAUAAAUAGCUGAAGGGGGUCACUUGAGUGGCAGUAAGAUUGCGAGCAGGAGCUAGCUCUCCAGAGCCAGAACAACGAUCAUGUUACUAUAUGCAUGCAGUAGCAGUUCUCAAGCUGCAGGCUGAAGCCGUCGAUAGAUAUGCUACAUGCAUCAGGAUGCAGCAGAGACCGGCCGGAAUCAUUAAUUAUUAUCUUAGAAAA